CCCGCCGGCAGCCACAGAUCACCUGCAUCAGGAGCAGCAGCAGCCGCACAUGUGUUGCGCUCUCUUCUCUCCUUUGGAGAAAUAAAUAAAUAAUACAUCUCUGUCAUCCACAUACGGAGAAAUCACAUCAGUCUAGACGAUUUUGUUGGUUUGAUCGCGUAAUCAUGCAGGAUAAAAGUCACAUUUUCAGCCCGUUUGUCAGACCGCGCUGUCUGGCGGCGGCAGCGCCCGCCGGGAAAGCCAAACUCACCCACCCGGGGAAAGCGAUCCUGGCAGGUGGACUUGCUGGCGGCAUAGAGAUCUGCAUCACCUUUCCCACCGAAUACGUGAAGACGCAGCUACAGCUGGAUGAGAAGGCCAACCCACCAAAAUAUAGAGGAGUAGGUGACUGUGUGCGGCAGACUGUACAAGGUCACGGCGUUAAAGGCCUCUACAGAGGACUCAGCUCGCUGCUGUAUGGAUCCAUACCCAAAUCUGCUGUCAGGUUUGGGGUGUUCGAGUUCCUCAGUAACCAUGCGAAGGAUGAGUCUGGCCGGCUGGACAGCACCAGGGGCCUGCUGUGUGGGCUCGGGGCCGGGGUCAUGGAGGCCGUGCUGGUGGUUUGUCCCAUGGAAACUAUCAAGGUUAAAUUCAUUCAUGACCAGACCUCAGCCAACCCCAAAUACAGGGGCUUCUUCCACGGAGUCAGAGAGAUCGUCCACACACACGGAUUAAAAGGGACAUAUCAGGGUCUAACUGCAACAGUCCUCAAACAAGGCUCCAACCAGGCCAUCCGCUUCUAUGUGAUGACAUCUCUUAAGAACUGGUACAAAGGUGAUGACCCAAACAAAUCUAUUAAUCCCUUAAUGACUGGAGCCUUUGGAGCCAUCGCAGGGGCGGCCAGCGUAUUUGGAAACACUCCGCUAGAUGUCAUCAAGACAAGGAUGCAGGGCCUGGAAGCUCAUAAAUAUAAAAGCACACUGGACUGUGCUGUGAAGAUCCUCAGACAUGAAGGCGUAGCAGCUUUCUACAAAGGGACGGUACCCCGGCUCGGCCGUGUGUGCCUGGACGUGGCCAUAGUUUUCAUCAUCUAUGAGGAGGUGGUGAAGGUCCUGAAUAACGUCUGGAAGACAGAAUGAGCUGCUGCGUACUCAAAGAAGACAGGAGUUUCACAGAUCUAAGUUUAGCAGACCUUUUAUGUAUUUUAAAACCAGCUCUAAAGUAUUUGAGACAGUGAGCUGAACUUAGAUCGGUGUCAUAUGCUGACCCGGAAGUCAAAGUGAACAGAGGUUUCAGAGAAAGGAUGCUCACUGUAAUCAGCAUCAAGAACCAAGGGUCUUUCACAAAGUGGGAUGAUAACGUUUAGACAUGUAACUGUGAAGAAAAAAAAAAUACUUUAACCAGGAGAAAUAUUUCUGGCUUCUAAAUGUGAAAUAAACCAGAAUGCUGCUGCUGGUAAACGCAGAUCCCUUUUCAGGUUGUCUGCUUCUUGUUCUAUGUCAACCUGCUCUGUGAAAUACCCUGCAGCGGAGAACUGUUCACAGCUGUUUUACUGAUGUUUACUGCGAUGGUACAGGUGUUAUUGUGGAUUUUCUUAUGUUGGCAUUCAUAUCUGUCUCUUCUUGUGCCUCAGAUGGUUUUAAAUCCAGAGGAGCCAGACUGCAGCUGGUUGCAGUUUGACAGCCACAUAGAUUGCAGCACGUUCUGUAGCCAGGCCUUUAAUAGAUUUUAUUUUACAAUUAUAUUAAGCCAAUUAUUUUUAUACAGCGUGGAUUCUAUUGUUGUUUAUCAAAAGCCUUAGAGUUUACUUUAUCAUAUUUAAAUCCUGAUGAAAUGCCAAACCUGUUAUGGUAUGAACAUGUGUUAAGAGUAAAAGUGUAAUAACAGAUCAUGUGAUGUGAAUCAUGUCGAGAAAUAAAUGUAUUUAUUCAGAGAUGUAUGUUAAAUGUAGUUGUGAGACUAUUAGCUAUUCAUCUGUGCCAAAUUAGUCAUGUUUUUCUUAUGUUAUUAGGUAAUUUAAAGAUGAUUUGAGAUUAUAUAAUUGCCAUAAUUUCUCAUAAAUUCCACAAUGACGCUAUUUAGAAAAAAAAAGUCUGUCCCUCAUUGUGGAAGCAGUACUGUUCAUCAUCUGUUCAUCAUCUGUUCAUCAUCUGUUCAUCAUGUUUUAACCACACGUGUGCCAUUCAGUUUAUGUCCUCUGGUUAAGACAGAGGCAGGUUUUUAAUAUCUGAUUCUUCCUCCUGCAUUUGUUCUCUGCAUCAGUCACCAGAUACGUCUGACGGGCUACAAAAUUGGAAAUGUAAAAAUAAAUUAACAAGAUCCUU